AUAUCAGUGCCUGCAAGUACGGUCCAAAGGUCACCAAGGUUCAAUGGCACGAACUUCAAAAUGUGGCAACAAAAUAUGACGUUCUUUUUUACCGUCCUGGGUUUUGCCGAGUACCUACAGCAAGAUCCUCCCCAGGCGAACGACGGCAACGACCCCCUUGUGGCGAUGGUGAACCAAGCAUGGUACCAUAAUAACUAUCUCACCAUCAACUACAUUCUCGAGGGGUUGGCUGAGACAUUGUACCCCGUCUAUGCUGGUGCAAAGCUUGCAAAGGAGCUUUUGAAUAGCUUGAACAAAAAGUAUCAAGCUAAAGAUGCCGGCACAAAGAAGUUCAUCAUCGGGAAGAUGCUGGACUACAAGAUGGUUGACAUCAAAUCUGUUGUCGCCCAAGCCGAGGAGCUUACAAUAAUCUUCAAUAAAUGCAAUGAAGAGAAAUUAGGCGUCUGUGAGGCCUUUCAAGUGGCGGCCAUCAUUCAAAAACUUUCACGCUCUUGGGAAGACUUCCAAGUCGAUCUCAAGCUCAAAAGAACUGAGCUGAACCUGGAGCAACUGCUCACACGGUUGAGAAUCCGAGAGGAAGGGCUUGUCAGAAGAGGUGGAUGGGAAAAGGCGAAUGUAGUAGAACAUCCGUCGGGCUCUUCAACUGGCGGGAAGGACAAAAAGAAAAUAGGUCCUAAGGGUGGCGUUUCUAAAUUUGCAGGGAAGUGCUACAAUUGUGGAAUUAGCGGGCCUCGUUCCUCCAAUUGUAGGAAAAAGAAGCCACAAAAAAACAAGAAGAAAACCACCGAAGCCAUGUGCGCCGAGCUCGACCACUUGGACCUCUACGCAUUUGUCACCGAGGUGAAUCUCGUCGGGUCAAACCCAAGGGAAUGGUUUGUGGACACAGGGGCCACAUGCCAUAUUUUCUCCAAUUGGGGCAUGUUUCACGAAUUCCAAGAGACCUCCGGUGACAAGGUCUGGAUGGGAAACUUGGCCCAAUCAGAGGUUCAAGGGAUCGUUUCUUCCAGCAUCUAGCUCUUUUUUUCCAAUCCUAAAGAACAACUCUAAAUCUAGUACUUUUUCUAUCUCGCAAAACAUUUCCUAUUUUGACUUUUGGGAAGAGAAGUCAUAAAACUUUGACUAAAUUGAAACGACGACAAUUGAAAUGAGUGAAGUUCAAGAAAUGCCAAAACAGGUA